AUGAGUAUUGAUAGCAAUGUUGUUUCAUCGGUAGAUUUGGGGUGCCCUAUUGAAUUAAGAAAAGUCGUGCUGCAAAUAAGAAACGCCGAAUACAAUCCUCGCCGCUUUACGGGUUGUGUUAUUCGUCUUAGGGAGCCCCGCGUUACUUGUCUACUUUUCAGCAGUGGCAAGUUGGUCACCACUGGUGGUCGAUCGGAAGAAUCAAACAACCUGGGCGCUCGAAAAUGUGCCCGCGUUAUACAGAAGUUGGGCUUUCCUGCUCAGUUCAAUAAUUUUCGAAUCCAGAAUGUAGUUGGAAUUGUUGAUCUUAAAUUCCCUAUUCGCCUCGAGGGUCUACUAAUGGCCAACGAACAAAUGGCACAAUAUGAGCCUGAAAUAUUUCCUGGACUUAUUUAUCGGAUCAUCAAUCCGAAGUUAGUUUUCCUCGUAUUUGUCAAUGGGAAGGUUAUCGUUACUGGUACGUCUAUUUUUUUUCGCUGUUGUGAAUAA